AUGUUGUCACACUUGGCAUUUUCAUGUAACAAGGAGGGCCGGCCAUGUCCACUGUACACUGUAGGAUGCACAAAGGUUCACUCUUUAGCAGAGUCAGAUCCUGGAGAACAUGUUAAAUUGCUGCUAACUGCUCGUCUAUCAGGAGCAUACGCUGUAAGUAACUUUUUUUCUAUAGUUAAAUGUGAAGUUUAAUACUAACUCUUGAAGCAUGUUCUUUCUUCUAGAAUAUACUUACAAAUCUCAAGAAUUGCCAUACUAUAACUAUUUCUUAUUUUUAGAUGUUGUAUAGUCUUUGGGUGUGUGUAAUGUAGUUUGUUAUAUUUAUAUUUAUUUUUAUUAUUUUAUUGUUAAGAAGAGAGUUUUUGGAGUUUCCAUUCACUCCAAUUAUCUAGGUAUUUAGUCAUUCAUCUAUUUCAUUCUUUAAAGUUUAUUUUCCUUUUUUUCUAAUGCAUGUUGUGCACCUUUUUUGUCUUUUUAGGCUUCUGAUGCAGGCUUAAAUGGUAUUUCCUUUGGUGGGUCAUGGAAAAUAGAAGGCGAUGUGGUAUUGCCCAUUUGUAGCCCAUUGUUUGAAGGUCAUGCUGCUGUGGUCAGAAUGGAAAUUUUAAAAGAGAGUGGUAUUUCCUUCAAG